AUGACCAACACCAAAUCAAAGGCUCUCAAACAGCACAUUGACAAGGAACUGGCUACAGGGAAAAUUCAACCAAGUACCUUGUCAGCAGGCACCCUGGUUAUGUUUGUCAAAAAGGCAGAUGGAUCACUGAGACUGGUUGUGGAUUAUAGGAAGUUAAACAACGUUACCCAUAAAAAUGUGUACCUGCUACCAAGGCAAGACAACCUAAUGGCUAAGUUAAGGCAUGCAAAGAUCUUCACAAAACUGGAUCUCCAAUGGGGCUACAACAACGUCUGGAUCAAAGAAGGAGAUGAGUGGAAGACAGCUUUUAGAACCAAGUAUGGGCUAUUUGAAUAUCUAGUAAUGUCCUUUGGCCUUACCAACGCCCCCACCGCCUUCCAACAUUUCAUGAACAACCUAUUCAGGGACCUCAUUGACAUGACAGUGGUAAUCUACCUGGACAACAUCUUAAUCUUCUUGGAAAAGCCAGAAGAACACCCCACCCAUGUAAGGGAAGUUCUAUCCAGAUCAAUGGCCAAUCAACUUUUCUGCAAACUCUCCAAGUGCCACUUCCACGUCACCACUGUUGAUUACCUUGGAAUUGUGAUCUCCCCAGCAGGAUUUUCCAUGGACCAGAAGAAGGUAGAAGCUGUCACAUCAUGGCCUCAACCCAAGAUGGUCAAACAGGUAAAGGCCUUCUUGGGCUUUGUAAAUUACCUCCAAUGUUUUAUCCCUAACUUCAGCUCAGUUGCAUGUCCUCUUCACAAUCUUACCAAAAAGGAGACCCCCUGGUCAUGGGGUAACUUGGAAGAAAUGGCGUUCCAGGAACUAAAAACCUUUGUCACUCAGUCACCAGUCCUGAUCCAUUCCAAUCCUGAACUCCCUUACUACCUGGAGACAGACGCGUCAGGAGUAACUAUGGGAGCCAUAUUAAGCCAGAGAGGAACAGACAACUGGUUACACCCCAUUGCCUACAUGUCAAAAUCCUUUUCAGGUGCAGAAGCUAAUUAUGACACCCACAACAAGGAACUUCUGGCCAUCAUCAAGGCCUUAGAGGAAUGGCGUAUCUUCUUGGAAGCAACAGACAAACCAAUUCAAGUGUUCACAGACCAUUGCAACCUAGAAUACUGGAUGCAAGCAAGGACAUUUAACCAACAACAUGCUAGGUGGUGCAUAUUCCUGAGCAACUUCAACUUUGAAAUCCACUACCAACCAGGAAAGCAAUUGGGUAAACCAGACGCCUUGUCCAGGCAUGUGGACUAUGUUGAAACACAGCCAGAACCAGAAGUCAUGCUUCCAGCUGAGGUCUUUGUCAACACAUCAGAAGCUGAACUGGAAAUAGUUACAGAAAUCUGCUUGAAGCUAAGAGAUGAUUCUUCCCUCAAACCCAUCAUCCAAUUCUUAACAGAGGACAUCAACAAUGCUCCACCUUCUAUCUGCAAGGCUUACCAAGACUAUGAUUGGGAGGAAGACCUACUAUGGUACCAAGGAAAAUUAGUUGUACCAGAUUUGGAACCCCUGAAGGAACGCUUGCUAAGGGAGUUCCACAAUUCACCCCUGGUAGGACACCCAGGUCAGCAACGGACGUUAGAACUACUCAGCAGAAGCUACUGGUGGCCAGGGAUGAAAUCCUCCGCCAAGGAAUGGGUUGAAUGCUGCCCCACAUGCCAAGCCAAUUGUUGUCCCCAUGCACCAGUGAUAGCCCUGAAACCCUUAGAGGUCCCACUGUUUCCCUUUCACACCAUCUUGUACAAUUUCAUCACUGGGUUCCCCAAUUCUCACAGACACAAUGCCAUUCUAGUGGUGAUUGACUCAUUUUCCAAGUUUGGCCAUUUCAUCCCCACUUCCAAGAAGGUCACUGCAAAAGGUCUUGCAGAUCUGUUCAUCACCCAUGUCUGGAAGCUCCAUAGGUUACCCAUUAAGACCAUCUCUGAUCAAGGAACAACCUUUACAGGGAAAUUCCUGAGGGCACUGUACCAGUGGCUUGGAGUCAAACCAGCAUUCUCCUUGGCCUACCACCUGGAAUCAGAUGGUCAAAUGGAAAGGGUCAAUCAGUUCAUUGAAUUCUACCUACGCUCUUACGUAGCAGCUGACCACUCCAAUUGGGCAGCUUGGUCACCAUUGGCAGAAUACGCAUACAAUAAUGCCAAACAUGCAGCAACUGGGAGAACACCCUUUGAACUUGUUUAUGGACGGCACCUGGUAAUGAACCCAUCAAAUGUCCCAGCCAAUGUACCAGAAGCAGACGCAGUAGCAGACACCCUGGCCCAAGAAUGGAAAGAAGCCAAGGCGGCCCUUUGGAUGAGCAAGGAAAAAAUGGCAAGGCCCCAGGGAACAAUUCCAGAAUACUUGGUAGGGGAAAAGGUCUGGCUAGAUGGAAAGAACGUGGAACUCAGAACAAAUUCCAACAAGCUAGAUCCCAAACAGUUAGGGCCUUUCAAAAUUGUUGAGAAAAUCUCCAGUCAUGCCUACCGCCUAAAGCUACCCAAGUCCCUGAGAAUCCACAAUGUCUUCUAUGUGGGUGUUGUAGACACACUCAAUACCAGGGAAUUUAUUCCCAUUUUCUUGGAUUUAAACAAAGGCAAACAAACAAUAUUUUCAAUCACGUGA